AUGUCAUUCCCUCCAGCCACGCCGCUGCGCCCCGUGCCGGGCGCAUUUGUCAACACGCCGGCCGUCGUCUCGCGCUACCAGACCUCGUCGCACGACCCCGUCCGCCGGACGCUGUUCAGCUCGGAAGCCCAGAAUCCUCAGACGUCCGUCGCCACGACGGCAGCUUCUCAUGGCACGGUAGCGACGACAGCGUCAACUGCGGUGACGGCGGAGCCACACGCAGAGGGGGCAGGCCUGGCUUCGCUGACCCCAAUGCCGCCCCCACGCGUCGAAAACAUGCCGCCCGUCCUCAAGGCCGCCAAGGCCAUCAACACCUUUUUGCAGUCCGACGAGAACUUUCCCGAUCUGGACUCCUACUGCAGACAGGGAGCUUCGUCCGACUAUGAGCUGCCCGGCGCCGACUCUGCCUGGGCUCCCUUCCAGAAGACCAACAUGUACCCGAUCCCGAACCAGGUCUUUGACCACUACAACUCCGGCCAGCUGCAGACCCUCAUGGGCCUCUUUGCUGAGAUCAACCACGCCUGGGUGGUGAUUGACAACUCGCUCUUCCUCUGGGACUAUACCCAUUCCGACCCCGAGCUCAUUGGCUUUGAAGACCAGCCUCACACAAUCCACGCCGUUGCGCUCGUGCCUCCGAAGCCUGGCAUUUUCGUCAGCACGAUCACGCAUAUCCUGGUCGUGGCGACGUCAUCCGAAAUCAUCCUGCUCGGCCUGUCUGCCGCGGAUACCUCUGCUGGAACGAAGACGGUCACUCUGUAUCAGACCAAGAUGGUCCUGCCCACUCGCGGCAACGACAUUCGCGUCAUCACCGGCUCCGCCGAUGGACGCAUCUUCUUUGGCGGGUGCAGCGACGUCGACAUCAACGAGCUUUACUACCAGGCUGAAGAAAAGUGGUUCUCGAGUCGGUGUGGUAAGAUCAACCACUCGAACCCUGGCUGGUCCUCCGUCGUGAGCUUGCAGGCUGGCCUCUGGCCUCAGAGGGAUCCCGAGCACCUGGUGGACAUUGUCAUCGACGACACGAGAAAGCUGGUCUAUACCCUCUCCAGCGCAUCGACGAUUCGAACAUAUCACAUGGAGACUCCCGAACGGCUGAACAAGGUGAUUGAGAAGACAAAGAUUCACUGCCUGCGAGAUAUUGCGCACAUGAUUACGCAGUCCAAGCUCUUGACCGACCGAACCAACAUUGUGUCCAUCAGCCCCAUCUCAAAGCAAGAGGCCUCGAAGCUGCAUCUCAUGGCACUGACGGACACUGGCUGCCGUCUCUUCUUCAGCGCCACGAAUGCGUCUUCUUACCUAUACGGCUCCCAAGCAAACCUGGCCCCCCAGAGCAUGCAGGUUCAGUUCAUCAAGUUCCCUCCUUCGGCGGUUGCCCGGCGUUCCACUCAGAUUGGGCUGAACGGGCAACCUUCGGGAGAGGCCGUGGUUGACCUCGACUCUACCAUGCUGGUAUCCAGCAGGCAGGGCGCCCGAUUCCCACCCGGCUUUUUCUUAGACUUUGUGAGCAAGAAGGAGGAUCCCAACUGUGAUUCGCUGUUUGUGGCUGGUCCCGAGACGGGAAGAAUCAAGAGGAUCUCGCCCAACACCCCCCUGAGAUACUUUGAGCAAGCAAGCUGGAUCGACAUCGGCAGCCGAGCGGAGGCCGUUGGUUUGAUAACGAAACCAUUUGCGGCUGCUAGCCAGCCGAUUGGGUUCGGCAACGAACUUGCCGUCCAAUUCGACGAACCACCCAGCGAAUUCGCCGUUCUCACCAAUACGGGCGUCCACGUCAUCCGAAGGCGGCGGUUGGUGGAUACCUUUGCGGCAGCCAUCCGGGAUGCGCCGGGAGACGAGGCUUUGGAUCUCAUGUGCCGUCGUCUCAUUUCUCUCUAUGGCCGCGUGGAGACGGUCUCGACAGCUCUGGCAGUGGCCUGUGGUCACGGCGGAGACUCUAGACCAGGGUCCGUCAAGGCCAUUGACCAAGUAACGGUGGACCGAGCAAGGGCGUUAUUCGUCGACUUUGGCGGCCAACCUACAGUAGCAGAGACAGAUCCGACAUCACUCACGAUCGAUUCAAUCAAGCUAUCGUCCCGGCACGAUGCACUGGCGCUCUACCUGUCGAGACUGAUCCGAAAGCUCUGGAAAGCCCCCGUAAUCAAGUCAACCGUUGCGCCCAACGGGACGAUUUCCGUUUCCUCAACGAUCCCCCAGUCCAAGCUCAUGGCCACGCAGGAGAACCUUGAGCGUCUCAGGAGAUUCAUCGAUUCGAACAAGGGCCUCAUCCAGGGAAUGUCAGGCCCUUCGGACUUGCAGCGAGUUUCCAGCAGACAGGAAGAGGUGGCAUUGCAGGCUGAACACCAGGCGCUGCAUGCCCUGCAGAAGCUGAUGGAGAGCAUCUCGGAGGGCAUCUCGUUUGUGCUAAUGCUGUUCGACGAGCGUGUGUCGGACAUUUACGCCAGACUGGAUGACACGUCUCGGCAGCACCUCAAGGAGUUGACCUAUGAGAAGCUGUUUUCGCAGGCGGACGGCAGGGACCUGGCCAAGCUGCUGGUCAAGGCCAUUGUCAACCGCAACAUUGAGAGCGGCUCGAACGUUGAGACGGUGGCGGAUGCGCUGAGGCGGAGGUGCGGCAGCUUCUGCAGCCCAGAUGAUGUAGUCAUCUUCAAGGCCCAGGAGUCGCUCAAGAGAGCCUCGGAGCAGCCCCUCAACACCAACCAGUCCAGGAUCCUCCUCAACGAGAGUUUGACACUUUUCCAGAAAGUAGCUGGCAGCCUGACGUUUGGGAACCUGCAGAAUGCUGUGGCCCAGUACAUUGACCUGAAGUACUAUGCUGGCGCGGUGCAGCUGUGUCUCUACGUUGCCCGGGAGAAGGACAGAGGCAACGCUGCCUUGUCGUGGAUCAACGACGGCAAGCCUUCGGGAGAUCCCCGCGCUAACGCCUUCAACGAGAGGAGGCGAGUCUACGACCUUGUGCACGAGGUUCUGCGGCAGCUGGACGCCGCCGCCAGCCUCGAGCCGCUCACGGUUGAUGGACGGCCGACGCUCAUCGCGACGAAGAGAAUCGAGGCGUACGAGGUCGUCAACGGGUCUGACGACGAAGUGUUCCACUUUGACUUGUACGAGUGGUACAUUGAGCAGGGGUGGACCGAACGGAUACUGGGCAUCGACUCUCCGCACGUUGUAACCUUCCUGCAGCGGCUGGCGAGCACGAAUGUGGAGCAUGCCGACCUCCUGUGCCGCUUCUACACCAAUCGAAGCCGCUUCUUCGACGCGGCCGAAGUUCAGGCUGAGCUGGCGAGCUCCGACGUUCCGCUUGGCAUCAAGGACAGGCUGCGGCUGCUCAGCUUGGCAAAGGCCAAUGCCAACGUAGCAACCGUCGGCAUCAGCCGGCAACAGCAGCAGAGGCUCAACCACGAGGUGACGGAUCUGCUCGAGGUGGCCAACAUCCAGGAUGAUCUUUUAGGCCGCUUGAUGGCGGACGACAGGAUUGACGCAGAGAGAAAGGUUGAGAUUGAAAAGGCUCUCGAUGGCAGGAUCAUCAGUCUGUCAGAGCUCUUCAACGACUACGCCGAUCAGGCCGGAUACUACGAUCUGUGCCUGCUGAUCUACCACACGGCAAACUACCGCAACCCGACGACCAUCUCGGCGACAUGGGAGAACCUGAUCCAGCAGACACACGACGAGGUCAUGGCGCGGCACGAGGCGGCAGACGCGGGCAUGCAACCACCGCCCAUGCCAUACGAGGCCCUGACGAGCAAGAUUCAGAACAUUGCUCACCACACAUCGCUCGACAGCUUCGUCUUUCCGAUCCAGACGCUUCUGCCACAGCUCUGCCGGUACGCCGUGACCUGCCAGCAAGACGCGACGAUUGGCGCCGACCCUACGUGGCCGGUGCAGCUCUUCCUGUCGCUGGGCGUGUCGCAUGACAUGAUUGUGCGCGUGCUGGAGAGCAUAUUCGACACGCAGGACUAUGGCUUUAGCGGCAUGGUGCGCAACCGCGUCAUCGAGAUCAUCGUCUACGUGGUCAGCGAUUGGGUGGCCGAACGUUGCGAGGCAGCUCUGCCGCUGCCGGGCCAGGGCUAUAACAACGGCGGCGCGGAUCUGGCGGACGUGCGACGGGUGCUGAGGAUGCUGCGGAGAGAGGUGGCCGGGCUGGUGGAGCGGUUGCCGACGGCGAGCAUGAGGUUUAUGUGA